ACAACCCAUUGCUCAUUCCGCCCACUACCAGCAUUGUACACCUCCCUUGCGCCACCGUUAGCAGAAGCUCUCUGUGUUCGACUUACCCAUCCACAUUCACAGCCACAUCGGCCGGCAAACACAACCGCACACCGCCUUCCAAAUCACACGCACCCACCGAGCUCUCUCCCACCGGGCUUGAGCCUUAUUGACCCAUUGAACACUCGCCAAGAUGCUGGACGUAAACGACUUUAUCAAGGAGCGAGGCGGUGAUCCAGCCAAGAUCAAGGAGUCACAACGAAAACGGCAUGCGCCCGAAGCAGUGGUGGACGAGGUGAUUGCCAUGUUCGAAGACCACCGCAAAACGCAGUACGAGGCGGCAACAGACAUGGGCGCGAAGAUCAACAAAGUCAAGAAAGACAUGGGCGAGAACAAGAAGAAAAAGGGCGACCCGGAGGAGUUCAAGUCGCUGAUGGCGCAAAAGGAUGCGCUGGAGAAGGAGAAGAAGGAGCUGGAGGAGCUGGCGCUGCAGAAAUACGCGGCGCUGAUGAAGAAGGUGAAGGGCAUAGGCAACUACGUGCACGCCUCCGUGCCGGUGUCGGACGACGAGGCGAACAACGAGCUCGUGCGCACGUGGACGCCCGAGGGCACGAAGGUGGAGAAGAAGGACUGCCUCUCACACCACGAGGUGCUCACGCGCCUCGCGGGCUACGACCCCGAGCGCGGCGUCAAAAUCGUCGGCCACAGAGGCUACUGUCUCACGGGGUACGGGCUGUUCCUCAACCUCGCGCUCGUCAACUACGGCCUCGAAUUCCUCUUCAACAAGGGCUACUCGCCCAACCAGCCGCCGUUCUUCAUGCUGCGCGACCAGAUGGCCAAGACGGCGCAGCUGGAGCAAUUCGACGAAGAGCUGUACAAAGUGACGGAGAAGGAGAACGAUCCGGCGAGCGACAAGUACCUCAUCGCCACCUCGGAACAGCCCAUCUCGGCGCUGCACGAGGGCGAAUGGCUCAACGACAAAGACCUGCCGAUCAAGUACGCCGGGUACAGCACGUGUUUCCGCAAGGAGGCCGGCUCGCACGGCAAAGACGCCUGGGGCAUUUUCCGCGUGCACCAGUUUGAGAAGAUUGAGCAGUUUGUCUUUUGCAAGCCGGAGGACAGCUGGAAGCAUUUCGACGAGAUGAUCGGGACGUCGGAGGAGUUUUACAAGAGCCUCAACCUGCCGUAUCGCGUGGUGGGGAUUGUGUCGGGCGCGUUGAACAAUGCUGCGGCGAAGAAGUACGAUUUGGAAGCCUGGUUCCCCUUUCAGGGCGAGUACAAGGAGCUGGUGUCCUGCUCAAACUGCACCGAUUACCAAACGAGAGAGCUCGAGAUUCGCUUCGGCCAAAAAAAGCAAACCGACGCCUCCUUCCAAAAAUCCUACUGCCACGCCCUCAACUCCACCCUCUGCGCCACCGAGCGCGCCCUCUGCUGCGUCCUCGAAAACUACCAGCGCGAAGACGGGAUCGAGGUCCCGCAAGUCCUGCGCAAGUACAUUCCCGGCCAGCCCGAGUUCCUGCCUUACGUGAAGGAGCUGCCGAAAGACUCGACGAGCGUGAAGGCCAAGGGGCGCGCCGCGGGGGAUGCGAGGGGCGGGCCGGGGCCGAAGUUGCCUAAGGAGGGGGAGGUGGUGGAGAGGCCUAAGCAUAAGGCUGAGGAGGUUAGGUCGUAGGUUGAGAUUGGGUGGAGAGGGGUAUGUGGUUGACUUUUAUCACACCUUCUCAAAAGGUAGAGGUGCCUCUCCCAUCCCAAACCCCCCCACUAGAAAAGAACCACUUAUCUUCACAACA